ACGCAUGCGUAUUAUUACUUUCACGCAUGCGCAUUAUUACUUUCACGCAUGCGCAUUAUAUACUUUUACGCAUGCACAUAGUACAAGGUCGUGUUGUUUCCAUGACUAAUAAUGACAUUUGAAACACUGUGUAAUGUGUGUCAAACUAUGGCUAACGAAGAUAAAAGGGAAAGUGAUUUAAAUGAAGUGGUCUUGCAGGAAAGUGUACUGGACACGCAAUGCGAGACCAUUGCGAAGAAACGUCCUAAACGUGUGUUGCAUUUUUCUGACGGGGAUUUAGAAGAAUAUUCAUCAGAAGAUGAGGUAGAUAAGUCGCAAGCAACUAAAACUGUAGCUGAAAUUGAUCCGCGUGCACUUAAUUGGAUACCUUGGACUUGGCACCAAACAACAUUCAUCGGUACAAAAUUAUUGGAUGGUUGUGAUUAUGUGGGUGAAUGGUUGGCCAAUUUUUUUGGUAUUACGACGCCUAAAUAUCAAUUUGAAAUUGAUGAAUUUCAUAGAUUGCAAGCUUUACAAAAUGAAAUGAUUCAUAACAACGAUUUAGAAAUGGGUGGUUGGAACAAUCAGAACAGAAAUAAUCUAAUCAAUGAUCCCAAUUUGAUAAAGGAUUAAGCAUGCCUUUUUCUAAUAUCUUUUUUCUAACUGAAGUAAUAGAAAUUUAUAUGUAAAAAAUAAUUUGACGUAUUGUCUUAUAUUUAUAUCUAUUUUAACAUCACAAUUUUAUACAUAAGUAGAAAGAAUUGUCUAGAAAUAGUAUUUUAGAAAUCUAGCUUGUAUUUUUUUUUUUUUUUUUUUAAAUAUAGCACAUCAAGUCAUAAAGUUAAGUCUUAUAAAUGCUUUAUUAAUUUUAGCGAAUAAUUUAUUAUUUACUUACCUUUCUUAGAUGCAAUCUUUUAUUAUUGUACUUUAGCACAGUAUUUGAAUAAGUAUGAUAAUUAAAAAUAUUUAGAGAAAUAUUUAUAUUAUUAAUUUUGCAUU